AUGAGCGACCAAAAAGCUGUUACAUGGCGCUGUUUAUCUGUUCGCCCCAAGGGUCAGGGGGUGCGCGUGGGGCUUUUCGGCUAUGCCUCGUAUCUCACCGGGACCCCGCUGCACGGUGGUUUCGUUUGUUCGUCAGCGAGAAUGUUCGAGGAGCGUACAAAGAUACCACUCUUCAUCCCGAAACAUUUUCGGUUCUUUUCAUUACCGGCCCGGUUGGCGGCGCGCAUCUCCGUCCGUCGGGACCGAGCUACGCGGCCGCCGUGCCGCACUUGCGCUUCUGCUUCCCGCACAAAACUCCGUCGACACAUCCAUCAGCUCCUGGCUGCUGGAAGUGGCCACCACCGCCGCCGACGCGAUCACUCCGCGGAGUUGCUCCCGGGCAACUUCCACGGGCUGGGGCAGUGCGGAAUUCAACAACUAUUUCUGGCCUUUCUGGUGGGCCAAACAAUAUCCGAUUGCAAUGUCUGCCAGAGUAACAAAGUGGCCUGCGUCAAUUCCACUUCCUUCUAUCUGUGCUUCGGCGAUGGAAUGCCUCACACGGAUCAACUCUACCACUGCCUGGAUGGUUUCCAAUGCACCAAUCUGACAGCGAUCUGUACCCAGAAGAGCAACCAGCGGCCGCCCAGCUGUGGGGACACCUCCCAGUGCGGUCAGUGCAGCGCCCAUCGGAACUAUCUGUUCGCCUGCCUGAGCCGUGGCAUCUUCCAGAUGUGCUACGGGGCCACCAGUCCCACAGGGAAGUUUGGCUACUGUCCAACUGGAAAGGUUUGUGAUGCCAGCAGCGAUAGUAUCUGUGUGCCCGAGGUGGCAAAUCAAAACCUCACCUGUGACCUCAACGAUCAGCUGGUGGAUACGACCACAGCAGCGCCUCCUACCAGUGAAUCCACCGAUAAUAAUGAAAGUACGGAAAGCACCAUAACUGUACCCACGCCUACACCCACCACACCCACUCUGAAACCCGUUACGCCCUUGGAAGUUUGUCGCCAGCAUCUGGAGACGGGUCUCUAUCCCACAGAUCCGGCAGAUCCCAGUUGCAAGCGCUACAUCAGUUGUUACUUUAAAAAUAAUAUUGCGGUUAACGCCACGGAAUACGAUUGCCCGACGGACUCCUACUUCGAGGCAGAGAUGCAGAGGUGCUCCUACCUGAAGCCUGCUGCUUGUCUUUAGACCAUCAGACCCAUCCCAUCUCAUUCAAUAAACUAUUCAAUA